AUGAGUCUCGAUUUCACUCAGAUCUUCGAUUCAUGGCCGAAACCUCCUUACUCCGCCGCGAAACCGUCUCCGGAGCCUUCUUUCGCGGCCUUGAUGGCUUCCCUACGUCGAGACGACAAAUCGGAGUUCGUAUCGCACGCGAAACGCGUGUUUCUAGGUCAAGACUCGGAGUACGAGAGAGGCCAAGCUCUCAAGCUUCUAACCGCCUGCUGCGGUUACGAUUCCGUCGCCUGCGCUUCCUCCAUCUUCAACGGAGACAUCGGAUCGGUUCCGUACAUCAACGACGCGGCGGAGGAUACUGGACUCUCGCCGCUUCACACCGCAGCUGAGGCGAACUCGCCUCGGUGCGUUGAGAUGCUGAUUAAACGACGCGCUCGUACGGAUAUGAGGAGUAAAGACGGACGCGCUUUGCUUCCUCUUGAGCUUUCUCUCUGUAGCGGAAGCUUGGAUGUGACAUGGGAUGCAAGUGGUGACUCUCUUGCAGACUUGAUUCUUCUGCUUGGUGACAAGGAUUUGACGGUGGUGAGGCUACUUGCUGAGAAGACAAAGGAAGUAGACGUUGUGGCGCAUUCAUACGCCACGUCUGGUGAAAUAGUUUCUUUGACUGUUUUGCUGAUUGUAGCUGUUGAUAAGAUCAGAGAGGCGACUGUGGCGUUACAGGAUGUUGAUGAGUCUGUGUCGAUGAAGCCGAAGAGGACGAUUUACGAGUCUGUUAUUCAAGAAGCGCUGAGGAGUGGUGGUAAUAGGGAGAAGAGAAUGGUUUUGUUGCGGGAGAUUGGGGUUCUUCAGCUCUUUGGUGCUGCGGUUUUUACGGAGUCUGGGGAUAAGCAAACCUCACCGCUUUUCUCUAUUGUACAGGCAGGAGAUGAAGCUGUUCUUGAACUGCUUAUAAACACGGAUAUCGAUGUUAAUGAAACUGAUGCAGAAGGGAACACAGUUCUUCAGUGCUGCCUGAAGGGAUCAUCUGUGCCACAUAAGCAACAAACUAGAAUCAUGAACCUGCUUCUUAUACACGGUGCUCGGAUUACACAUAAGAACAAGUUGGGUUUAUCUGCAGUCCACUUAGCUGCUGCAAAUGGCAAUUUAUCUGCACUUGAGAUUCUACUAGCGGCCUACCCUGAUUUGGUUCACUCCAAGACAGUAAUCAAAGAGACACCACUGUUCUUCGCAGUGAAGAAUAACCAUCUUGACUGCGUUGAGUUGCUUCUUCAACGUGGAGCAAGUUCAGAAAUUCAUAAUCUACGCAAAGAAGCAGAACCUGCAAAAGGAGAUGAUGAAGAAACCAGUUUCACAGGCACUACCGUGCCACCAUGGCUCAAAAAGUUCGUAAAUUGGCUUCCUCGGCAUCUCCGAGAUGUAUCAGAGAGGUACAGAGAGAUUAAUGGAUAUCCCCUCUCAUCACUCAAAGCCGAUUUCAGCGCUGCUUUUGGCAUGGGACUCAACCACGCCUCUCUUGGCUUCCCCAAGCUCAUCGACUUCAUCAAAUAUUUUCCAAAACUCUGUAAAGUUAAAUCCGUCCACGUAGGUAAUUCUGCACUUGCAACCCACUGGGUGAUGUUACCCUCCAAGUCCACGUCUUCUCAGCUAAAAGGAAGACCUCCAGAGCCACUCAUCAUCAAAACCAACGACUCUUUCUUUCUCAACAAGCCGAAAGCCUCAACAGCUCCAGCUCUCAAAUCCACACAACAAGCACAGGCCAUCGCUCUCUCUCCCAACAAACCGAAACCAGAACCUCCCUUGGAUACUUCUCAUAGCUAUCAUCAUCAUCAGCUAAAACAUCCGGUUCUAGAGGCACUUGCAAGGGCCAGAAACAGCACAUCUAUAUUCUUUCUCCGUGAGUUCGACUUUUGUCCAAGCUAUGAGAUGUGUUUAAGGAAAGGAAUGUGUUUCUGGUGCAACAAGAGCAUGCUUUUAUGGGCAAACUUCCCAUGUCGACACAAACUAUGGUGCAGCUCAUGUAAACAAAAGAUUGCACAAUCUACAGGCGACCAUCACAGGUGUGUGAUCUGUGACGCUAAAGUCGAAUGUUUCAUCUAUUCUCCACCGUUUGGGUUCGAUCAUAAUAGGCUUUCAAGUGGUCUCCCUAACGAUGCUGAAAUAGCUUCUUGGUUGCUCGAAUAUCUGAUAUAAAUUCCACGAAGAAGAGCAGCAUUCAUUUGGAUCAAUGGGAAAUAAGAGAAGGAAAGAAACUUACCCAGUAACUCCUCUUGUGUGAUAAGUAGAUGAAAAUAAGUAGAAUGAAAAUAGAAGAAAGCUCUUCUUCU